GUUUCUGAGUAUGAAAAGCCAAGAAUAGGGAGGAGUGUUUGUCUUUACUUUCGACUCAUAAUACAUAAAUAGGGAAAUUAAUAUUUUGAUGGGUGAUGAAAUAGGCUGUAUUUAUUGUUGGAAGAUUUUGUUCUGUUACUCCAUACUGAUGCUUGUUCUGUCUUGUAAUCUUAGGACUGUUUUCUCAAAUUUUGAAAAAAUAUUUUUCCUUUGGGAGGUAAGAAGGAAUUAAUGCGGUAUGUUUGCUAUGUGUGAUUAUUUCCAUUAUGCACUGUGAUUAAAACAUGUGACCAUGUUUAAUUUGUGCUGCUUUAAACAACAGGAAUGGGUUUCUGGUGGGUUCACUAGGCAAGGAUUACCAAAGUAGUGUCUGGCCUAGGGUGGGGAAAGGGUGGAUAGUAAAAGAGCUGAUCAGGGAACUGGCUACAUGAUGCAAGAAGUCUGAAGGCUUAGAAACAUUUGAGGUAACUGAGAUCUGAAGGCAUCCAGGGCUGAUGUGGGAAUGGAGAUGGGAGGAAGUCCCUCUGAUACACACCGUAACCUGUUUUUCAGUUUUUGUGUUGGGUAAGAGUUGAGGCGAUCUCUUCCAAGCCCCAGAAAAGCCCCCUGGGAGAAGUGAUGAGUGCAGUGUAGGUCCACGAGCUCACUGCGUCUGGUGACAGCAGAAGUAUAUUUUGUUCUGCCUGUUGAGAAGGCAAAAAUAUGUUCGUUAUGAUGUUGGCUAAUUGCCUAUGAGCUGUGUCUGACUUACUGAAAAUGAUUGCAUGACUUGUAAAAUUACUUAUCUGGGGGCCUGCAGUGGUGUUUGACUGCAUAUUGCUGCCUGGUUCUGAAUGAUGUCAGAACAGGAUUUGGCAGAUGUUGUUCAGAUUGCUGUUGAAGACUUGACUCCAGAUAACCCAGUUGUGUUGGAGAAUCAUGAAGUGACAGAUGAUGAUGUAGAGCCUUCUCUGAAACGUCAGCGUAUAGAAAUUAACUGCCAGGAUCCCUCUAUUAAGUCGUUCCUGUAUUCCAUUAAUCAGACAAUAUGCCUGCGGUUGGAUAGCAUUGAGGCAAAGUUGCUGGCACUAGAGGCUACCUGUAAAUCAUUGGAAGAGAAGUUGGAUCUUGUCAUGAACAAACAGCACAGCCCCAUCCAAGUCCCCAUGGUGGCAGGUUCUCCUCUUGGCGCUACACAGACAUGCAAUAAAGUGCGAUGUGUUGUCCCUCAGACCACAGUAAUACUGAACAACGACCGGCAGAAUUCAAUUGUAGCCAAGAUGGUUGGGCAGGAAGAGCCAUUGAGCAGAGCCGCGGAUUCUCUGGAAAAUAUCCUUAGCAAUGCUGUUCCUGGACGUAGGCAGAACACCAUAGUGGUGAAAGUUCCAGGACAUGACGACAGUCACAAUGAAGAUGGAGAGAGUGGCUCUGAGGCCAGUGACUCAGUUUCCAACAGUGGACAAUUAGGAAGCCAAAGUAUUGGGAACAAUGUCACGCUUAUUACGCUGAACUCUGAAGAGGAUUACCCCAAUGGGACAUGGCUUGGAGAUGAGAAUAACCCUGAGAUGCGAGUCCGUUGCCCCAUCACCCCCGCUGACAUGCUGCACAUCAGCACGAACUGUCGCACAGCCGAGAAGAUGGCACUGACAUUGCUUGAUUAUCUCUUCCAUCGGGAAAUUCAAGCCAUCUCCAACCUUUCGGGCCAAGGGAAGCAUGGGAAGAAGCAACUUGAUCCUCUCAUGAUUUAUGGAAUUCGCUGUCACCUAUUUUACAAGUUUGGAAUCACAGAAUCUGACUGGUAUCGAAUCAAGCAAAGCAUAGACUCCAAAUGCCGAACAGCUUGGAGGCGGAAACAGCGAGGGCAGAGUCUUGCUGUGAAAAGCUUUUCAAGGCGAACACCUUCGUCAUCGUCUUACAAUGGCUCAGAGGGUUCACAGAGUUCAGUUUCAGCUUCUAAUGAGAUCCAGCAGAACCAGCCACAGGCACUACACUAUGCACUCGCCAACGCUCAGCAGGUUCAGAUCCACCAAAUAGGAGAAGAUGGACAAGUCCAAGUAGGCCAUCUCCACAUAGCCCAGGUUCCUCAAGGCGAGCAAGUCCAAAUCACGCAGGACAGUGAGGGAAACCUGCAGAUACAUCAAGUUCACGUGGGUCAGGACGGGCAGGGCACUGAUACCCUUCAAUCAGCAAUCCAGCCAGAAAUGCAGAUAGAACACGGAGCAAUCCAAAUUCAAUAAGAGAAUUGUGAAAAGCUGCGUCAACCGAGAUGUCGGUGAACCGCGGUCAGAAGUGCAGUGCUGUAGGCUUCGUGCAACCACAGGAGAAUGGAAAUGCCUGUUAGACUAAUGGUCACACCUCAAACAUCUCCUGCGAAUAGCGGAGUUCUGGUGAUCUGGUUGUCCUCACCUGGAAUAAAUCAGACCCCUUGAUUUAAAUUGGAGCUACAUCGAUUGAGGAUCCGGCCUUCAGAAGAAAUAAAUGGCCUGCCCUUAGGUACACUUAGGGAGGAAAAAAAAGUCUUUCAGAGAGACGGAAAGAAAUCCAAUGAAUCAAAACUGUGAGACUAAAUUAAUGUUUCAUCCUGUUCAUUUCUUCUGUGAAACACGCCAUUUGAAUGUCUGCAGAUACCUUAGGAAGUGUAUUGCUGCUUUGCAAUACUUGCUUUACCACAGAUAGAAGAUCAAGAGCUCAAAUAUUUUUCACUGUUUAAACAGCUUUUUUUUAUUUGCUAUGGUGUUUAUAACAAAAUGGAAAAUAUUUAAAAAAAAGAAAAAUCCCAUAACUGCAAGUAUUAGACUUUUGCUGGUGUUUUCUGUUCAGUGUAAUGAAAAAUGUAUUUGCAGAAGACUAACAAUUUUGUUUGUACUGUUGCUUAACUACUUUUCUAGGGAAAAAUGCUUUUAAAUGCUGUAAUUAUGCAUUUCUAAUGAAAAAUAAAUGUGUAUUUAUGAAUAGUGCAGCUCUAAGUUGCUCUCUGCCUUAGGGAUGAAUACGGUUUGGCUGGACUGUGCUGUAAGAGUGUAGUUCCGGAGUAUUUGAAGACAGACGCUAUCUGGCAAGCUCUGCUGUCACACUGAGAAGUAAGAUUAAGUUUAUAAGGAAGAUAACAAUCUUAGAUCAUGUUAUUAUCUAAAUUUCCAGUGCAAGAAAAAUGUGAUACUUAAGCUUUUGAGUCUGCAAAUCCUAUUUUAUACAAUGAAUUUAUGAAAUCAUUUUUUAAAAAUGUGAGCGUUUCUUCUGGGCUCUCUCCUGUUUAGUUCCUCCUGCCUCCUUUGUCCAGCUG